ACUCGACAAUCGCCAUCGGGACAGAGAAAGAGAGAGAUGGGCGGCAGCGAGGAGGCGACGACGAGAAGGGACCGAUGGGGGUACUCGGUGAGGACGGACUCCGGCGACUGCAUCGACGCCAUCAACGCUUACUACGAGCAGGUCCUCGCCUACGGUCGCGGCCGGGCGGUCAUCCUCCGCGCGGUCAACUACGAUUCGUCGUGCGCCCUAGCUAACGCCCUCGCGGCACACUUCGUCGCGACCAAGAACCCCGAGGAGGCUUCCCGUCUACUCCACGCCGCCAAUGCUUCCUUUGAUAAUGCUACUCCGUACGAGAGAGCAGUGGUCGCGGCGAUCUCUUGUUUGUUGGGAGAUAACAAGGAUGAGGAAAUGGCGCUUGGCCGGCACGUCGGGUUGUUGAAGGAGUUUCCUAAGGAUCUUUUAUCACUCAAGAGGGUACAGAUCUUAUGUUUCUACUUGGGUCGGCCUGCUGUGUCUCUUAGCAUAGUUCAACAGGUACUGGUACAUAAUGAAGAUCGUAGUUAUAUCUACGGUAUGCUUUCUUUUCCAUUGUUGGAGCUUGGGAGAAUGACUGAAGCUGAGGGAGCUGCAAGAAAAGGAUUGUCUAUCAACAGCUGUGAUAUCUGGUCACAACAUAAUUUGUGCCAUGUUCUUCAAAAUGAGUGUCGUUUUAGAGAAGCCACAAGUUUCAUGGAUGCUUGCGCUUCCUCAUGGAAUUCCUGUUCAUCUUUCAUGUAUACACACAAUUGGUGGCAUGCUGCUGUCUGUUAUUUGGAAGGUGAUUCUCCUUUAAACAAGGUUCUUGAAAUUUAUGACGAAAAUAUUUGGAAGGAGCUGCAGAGAAGUGAUGCUGAGCCAGUAGAAGUGUAUAUCAAUGCUCUAGGGUUGCUGCUUCGAAUCCACCUGCGUGGCCAUACCCAUGAUAUUGCUGAACGGCUGAAGUUUCAAGCAACUGCAGUAAAGGAAAAGUCCAUAUGGCAUGUUGAAUGGUUGCUAGAUAUACUAGCACUGUGGGCAUUAGCUUGCACAAAUGAGAGAAAUGAAGCAGAGGAAUUACUUGACUCAAUUAAAUCAAGAUUUUCUACAUUGAGCAGCCAAAAGCAACAGUCAAUGCGAGCUGCAAUACAGCUUGCACAGGCUAUUUAUGAAUACGGAAGAGGUAACCUUGUUAAAGUCUUUGAUUUGCUUGGUCCAGACUUUGAUGCUGCUAACUUUAAAAUGAUCGGAGCAUCUGAUGAACAACUCGAUGUCUUCAAUGAAGUUUGGUACAUAAACUUACUGAACAUUGGCCAAGUUCCCAAAGCUAUUGAAGUUAUGAAGAAGCAAGUUUGUAAAAGGCAAGGAGCACCUUUCCUGUGGCGGAUGCUGGAAAAGGCGUAUUCUAUCGAAGGUAUGCCCGAUGCGCUUUUGGCAGGGGAGAAGGCAAAGACAUUAGAAGCUGCCUAUUUCAGGUAAAUUGCGAACUAAUAUAGAUUGAGAUAUAGAUAACGCUCAAACAAUCGUAGGAAGUUGCUGGAAAUCUGAUAGAAGGCUACAUGUAAUUGUUAUAGCUUCCAACUUCAUACUUCUAGUACUUUGGUGUUGUUAAAGGAUGAUACGGUGGUAUGUAUUUGAUAAUAUGUUAAAUAAUAAUGAUGUUGUUUGAUAAAUUUAAUUAUAUCAUGCUUUAGAUUUUA